CCAGCGCCCAUGCUGUCCGUGGCGUCGCAUGGAAACUUGCGACAAAACACUCGUGCGCUCAAAGAUGGCGGAUGGGUCGCCCGAGGACCGCGCCGGCCCGAAACAAGUGAACGAUUUAACUUUUUCCGCGCCCGAUAUUGGACUUGGUGACACAAAAAAGUGCAGUGACGAACCAUUUGACGGCGAUAGUGUAAAGUUAUCGUUCUACAGGGAACUUGAAACGAGUGAAUCGUGUGAGAAAAGUUAUACGCGCGGCGUGGCUGCUAAUCGCGCGGCGGUCGACGGCACGUAUUCCCGAAAAUCGUCUCAUGCGAGCACCGUGGACAGCGACGACCGAAAGAAGAGAUGCCUGGACAGAUACGACAGCUCCGAAUCUUCUGACAGUGGCGUUGCGGUGCUGAGUCCGACGGAAAGUGGUGGAUGCAGCGGUAGCGACAUAACCGAGCCGCGCUCGCCGCGCAGCCCCGAGUCGUCGUGCAGCACCACCGAGGAGAGCGCGAGCGCGCGCAUGCCGCCGUGGGCGUGCGACCCGGCGCCGCCGGCACCGCGACGCCUUGCGGCGCAACCUGCGCCCGUGCGCCGGUCUCAGCCGCCCAUACACCGCCGCAUUACCGAGUAUUUCAACCAUAAGAUGAAGCCACAGAACGGCCUUAAGCGCGAAACAAACGCUAUUAACGAUGACACCAAGAAGAAGUGCCUACCUAAAAAUGGGGUCACACAUGACCUUGAGAAAUAUAUCUCUUAUUUAUCGCAGACGCUUAGUCCUAAAGUAUUAAUGGAUGUCGGAAAGCAAAAUGAAGCCGCUGCUCGAAAGUCAGCAAAGCUAGCUCCUAAUGGUGCUAUAGAUGCCACAAAAGCGGCAGAUCUCACUAAGAAGAUGUCCAAUACCCACUUCAAUGGUGUGACUGACUUCAGUAGGCCUAGAGAAGUUAAAGAUAAGAAUCACAUGAACAUGAAUGGGUUUUUGGAAGUUCGGAACGGAAAACCUUCAGGGAUUUUGAACGGGCUGGUAGAUGGUAAAAGACCAGGACUAGAAAUAAAGACAUCAUCAGACCCAUCCGCCAAUGGAUUAUUAUCUAACAAACAUAUAGCAGACUUUAGUCACCGUAAAGUACCAAUACCUGCUAGUAGUGAUCUCAUUGGUCUGAGGAUUGCACCUGCAACCUCAGUCGGACAAUCACCCAAGAAGACCACAAAAAAUGAUACAUCUAAAAUGAAUGGCGUCGUUAGUUCAACGACGAAACUAGACAGCAGGAUGAAUGGAGUUACAUGUGGAUCAAAUAAUUUGAACCUAACUCCCAUAACGAAACCAACUAAAAAGGAGGUGCAGAAAAAAGCUGCUCCACCUACUAAAAGGAAUAAUCGAAAAUCUUCCGCAUGUAUAGCCAAUAGUAAAAACAUCACGUGGUCUAAAGCUAAUAAUCUCAAACAGGGUCAGCUACACAAACAAAAUUGUACUAAUACAUCAUCACAAACUUUACAGGCUGAAGCGAGUUCUAUGCCCAACAUAAAUAUCCCAAACGGUGUUCGUCAGGUUCCCAUGAUGAACGGUAGCCUCAGUAAUCUCAAUGUACCUGUUACGAAUUUACAAAACUGUCAUCAAAUAAAUAUACCACAGCCAUGCAACGGUUCUGUGAAUCCUAACAAUUUAGCAUCAUUUGUCGCAGUCCCGCAAAAUGUGAUGCUGACAACGUUAAGGAUACCCCAAAACGGUCUAUCGCCGCAAACACUGGGACAACAGAAUAAUAUGACAGCUUACAAUCGACCUAAUGUCAAUGUCCCAAGUCCCACGAAACUCAACAGUCAGUUCGUUUUUCCGCUCAUGCAGAACAUAAACGGCACUGUGGUACAAAUACCAAAUUUAAUGGCUAAAAUGCCCAACUUUGUUCUCCCUCAAACUCCGCAGUUGACUACACAAAGGCAAGACCAUUUACAAAACCAACAAGCGGCAUCGAUUCUAAUAAACGGAACUCUUUUGAAGCUUGCUAACACGAUGCCGUCGCCGUAUCCAAAUGUAAACAAAAAUACUCCAGUAACAAGCCAAUCUAUUCCAGUGAUGAAUAAAAACGUUACGGGAAUGCAUUCAGUCGGCAUGGCAGUUCAAUCGAAACCGAAUUAUGCUGUCAAUUUCAGUCAUCCUGUUCUAAUGCCGCAACCGGGGUAUAUUGUUACUUCUGUGCCAAAUAUGAACGUGAAAGAAACUUGGAGUUACUCGAAUACAAAUGCUGUUUCGUCGUCUCAAACAACGUUUUCUAACCAUUUACUGCAUCAUGGACCUAUCCUCCCUAAUUAUGCCACGUCACAGGCGCUGCACACGAGUAGUAUACCCAUUGCUCCAGUGAAACCGCCUGACAAUCCGAUUCAAGGCACUGAGCCACCCAGUAGUACAGUAAAGGAACCAGAGCUGAGUGAGAUGACACCUCCCAAGUGUGAUAUUCCGUGGCUGUCCAAAACUGUCAAUAAUAACAUUGUACAGUUAGAACCAAAAAAAAUCAACAAGAGGCCUUUUGCACAAGUUAGUAGUAUAUCGGAGAAGCUCCAGGAGUUAGCUGCUAAGAAGGCAAGAGAGAGCAUGAGUGACGUAAUACAAGAAGAUUCCAGUAAUGAGAGAAGCUGCGACCUGAGGAAAGUGGAAGAGGUAGCCAGGCGGGAGGAGACAAUCUUCACACAGAUUACCGUUCUCAAGGAUGUGUCGUCUGACGUCCACAAUACUGUAAUAGAAGCCAACUUCUGUAGUACCACAACGGAGUCCGAGUCGGGGAUAGGGACGGACAAGUCAAUAGACUCGCCGAGUGACUCUCAGACUAGUAAAGAGUGUGACGAAGACUCGUCAUUAUCAUUGAGUGUGAGCGUGUGUUCUGUGGAUGUGCAGAGCCAAAAGAGUCCGAUUCUCAAGCAGCCGAAGACACUACGAUUUCCUCCGAAGAGUUUGACGAAGCCGGGCAGCGACAAACGGACAUCGAGUACGGACACUUCCUCCACAGUCAGUGUGUGUCUUUGGGAGAACUGCAAGCGGGAGUUUGACGGUGACCCGGAUCUUUUAGAACAUUUACAGAACGUGCACGUAGAAACCCAAGCCGGUAAAGAGAACUAUGUAUGCCUCUGGGAGCAGUGCAAGGUCCGAGGCAAGCCAUCGUGUUCUCGGCUAUGGCUGGAGCGACACGCACUGUCACACGGCGGGAACAAACCCUUCAAAUGCAUCGUCGACGGCUGCGAAAGACGAUUCUCCACACAGAUUUUAUUGGAGCGACACGUAAACAACCACUUCAAUGAAGCAUCGCCUAGCUCUGGUGCCGGUAAGAAGACCGCCGACAGUUCCGUCAAACUCAUACGCAGGAAUGGCAAGAAGCUUCGGUAUAGGCGACAACCGUGGUCUGCGCGCAUGUUCGACUUCUUCGACGCGGGCAUGAUGGAGGGCCUGGCGUGGCGGCUGUCGCGCGCCACCCGCUGGCGCCUGGGCAGCACGGGCGGCGGCGCGCUGCGCGAGCCGGCCGGCCGCCACACGCUCACGCUGCACGCCGCGCUCGCCGCCACGCGCUACAACGCCGCCGCCGGCCGCCGCGAGGCGCUCGUCACCUACUACCCGCCCCAUGUGCUGGAGGACGAGUGGGUGCCCGAGAAGGAGGUGACGCGCGUGAAGCGCGUGGAGAUCGCGUCGCUGUCGCCGCCCGCCAAGGUGGCGCUGUACGCGCAGUUCUGCGGCACGUACCGGCGCGCGGGCGGGGGCGCGGGCGGGCGCGCGGCCGGGCGCGAGGCCGGGCGCGAGGCCGGGCGCGCGCGGCCCGCGGCGCGCUGCUGCUCGUCGCCCGUGCCCGACCGCGCGCCCGCGCCCGCGCCGCCGCCGCCCGCCGGCGCCAGCAAGCGCAAGCAGGGCCGCCGCCACGGCGGGGCCGCCUUCUGGCCCUGCGGCCGCUAG